GGAGUGGGAUUUCCAACAGUUUGGUAUCCUCAAUUGUAGGAGAUUUGGAAGAACUAACAAGUGAGAUUCGCUCACAAGCAAAGCAUACAGCUAUUGAAGAUUAUGAAAACCCGUUUACAAAUCUAAAUACAGAAUGGAAACGAAAUAAAUACUUCCACCAAAAAUGGGGAGUUGUCGAGCCAUUAGAAAUAACACUGGGAGUGAGAUAUGACAACAGGCGAAAUCAGAAAUCUGGUACUUAUGAUCAAGUACCUGUGAAAGAUACUUUUAUAUAUGUGCCGAUUUUAGAAACAUUGAAGUUCAUGUGCAGAAAUCCAGACAUUUGUGUUUUGCUAAAGAGAGAUUGUAGAUCAGAGCCUGACACUUACACUGACUUUUUUGAUGGAAGUUAUUUUAAAACCCACCAUUUUUUUACAGCUAAUAGACAUGCAUUACAAAUCCAACUAUACUAUGAUGAUUUUGAAACAGCCAAUCCCCUUGGCUCCAAACGUGGAAUUCACAAAAUUGGCUGUCUUUAUUUUGUUGUAAGAAACUUGCCCCCUAAAUUUAAUUCGGUUUUGAUGAACAUCCAUUUGGUAACACUUUUUCAUACACAAGAUCUGCACAAGUAUGGUUUUGAUGUUAUACUACAACCGUUGAUAAGUGAUUUGAAAAAACUAGAAAGCCAAGGGCUAAGUCUUCCAUUUUCAGAUGAGAAGGUAUAUGGUACAAUCUGUCAGAUCACUGGAGAUAAUCUAGGGAUGCACACAAUUCUUGGUUUUAAUGAGUCAUUCAGUAGCCGUCAUUUCUGUCGCCUUUGUUUGAUUGAGAAGAAUGAUUGUCAAACGGUAUACAGUGAGGAUGAUCCAAAGGUGAUCCUUCGUGGAAAAGAUAUGUUUGAAAUGCACUGCCAGUCUCUCCAGGAAAACCCACAAUUGAAGUCACUUUAUGGUUUAAAAAAAAGGUCUACACUUAAUUCAUUGAAGUAUUUUCAUGUUUGUAAUAACUAUUCAUUUGAUAUCAUGCAUGAUCUUCUUGAGGGUGUUGUUCAGUAUGAGAUCAAAUUGCUUUUUGGAUAUCUCACACAACACUUUAUAUCAGAACAGGAUUUGCUUUCCAGGAUUUAUGGUUUUGAUUAUGGAUUUUUAGAACGAAAAAAUCGUCCUACAAAGAUUAUUUUGGAGAGUGCUGGCAAUGGCAUUGGUUUGAAUUCUAUUCAGACAUUGUGUCUUGUGAAGAACAUCCCACUGUUGUUUGGUGACAUUAUUCCUGCAGGAAACAAAAACUGGAAUUUGUUACUGUUGUUACUUCAAAUAAUGAACAUAGUUUUUUCACCUUCUCUCACUCUAGGUAUGACAAUAUAUUUAAAGCAUUUGAUUGUUGACCACCACAAACUAUUUAAGCACUUGUAUCCACAUAGAAACUUGAUACCUAAGCAUCAUUUUAUGAUCCAUUACCCAUCUUCUAUAAGGAAAAUUGGUCCCUUAUUAUAUACGUGGUGUAUGAGGUUUGAGGCCAAACACAAGCUGUUUAAAGAUUGUUUUAAAAAUUUCAAAAACGUAACCAAAUCACUUGCUAAAAGGCAUCAGAUGGCCAUUGCUUAUCACUGGGAAACGUUAACCCUCAAGCAAAAUGAGUAUGGGCCAAUUAAACCUUUUUUCUUCAGAGAUGAGAAUGUGAUCAACAAUGAAAUGUUUGAAACGAUCUUGUCAAAGGAUGUUUUCUCGACUAGUUGGGUUAAAGUUGAUGGUGUAGUGUAUAAAGCUGGACUAGUUAUUUGCAGUGCAAUGGAAGAAGACAUGCCAGUCUUUUGUCAAAUAAGUGAUGUACUUCUGGUUGAAGAUCAAAUUUUCUUUUUGACAAACAAGCUGUUUACAGAAAAUUUUGAUGACCACCAUCAUGCAUUCAGAUGUUACUAUAACUCUGUUUCACGAGUUAAAAAAGGAACUCUGGCCGAGUGUUAA